AUGCCGCGCUCCCGAGGCGGCCUGCUGGCGCUAGCGUUGGGCUUGCUGCCCUGCUUUAGCCUUGUGGGCAGGCGGGCGCAGCUGGUGGAUGUGCCCCGUGCGGCAGUGCAGCUGCCGGACAGCCUCAGCGAGAUCGAGGAGGACUUGGCGCUGCAGGCUGCGGAGCGGUACCAAGCCGUGCCCUUGGAGCUGCCUGCCUGGGUCUCAGAGCAGCCGGUCACUGCAGCCUUCCUUGGCCCCGCGCGGCCGUCGCUGGAGAAGACGCCUCUGCUGCUGCUCCACGGCUUCGACUCCUCGGCCCUGGAGUUCCGGCGCUUGCUGCCGCGUUUGGAGCGGCUGGGCUUCGAGGUCUACCUGCUGGAUCUGCUGGGCUGGGGCUUUGGAGGGAAGGAGGGCGUCAAAGACUUCUCCCCGAAGGCGAAGCGCGAGCACAUCUUCGCCUUCUGGUCGCAACACCUGGGAUCUCGCCCCGCGGUGCUGGGCGGCGGCUCGCUGGGGGGCGGCAUCGCCAUGGACUUCGCGGUGGCCCAUCCCCAGGCGGUGGAGAAGCUGAUCUUGCUGAACCCCCAGGGCUUCAUCGACGGGGCGCCCAAAGUGGGGCCCUUGGGCUUCCUGGGCAUCAAAGUGCUGGGCUCUUGGCCUCUGAGAUGGAUGGCCAACCAGAUGGGCUACUUUGACAAGGAGACCUAUGCCACCGAGGAUGCCGUGCGUGUUGGGCGCCUGCAUGUGGAUGUGGAUGGCUGGGAAGAGGCGAGCCUGGAUUACCUGAACUCGGGGGGCUACACAUUGUCGCCCUUGGUGUCCCAAGUGUCGGUGCCCACGCUGAUGCUUUGGGGUGAGAAGGAUGAGAUUCUGAAUGUGGAGGAGCAGGUGCCCCGGUUCCAAGCGGAGCUCAGCUGCCCUGUGCAGCUCCAGUGGAUCAAGGACUAA